AUGCGACAAGGUCUCGGGAGGUUGGUGCCUGGCAUGAAGGACCUGGCAGGGAUUGGAGAGAAGCUGCCAGAGGUCAAACCCCCCUCGCUGGGAAUUGUGGCAGCAGCAGAGGAGAACUGUGGGUCUGGAGCAGCCCUGCACGUCUCCAUCAAUGCCAGAGCCCAGCACAGGGGGAGCCGAGCCUGGGACCCCUCUGCAGCCGCCCUGUGGGCACUGACAGGUCUGGUGGCACCUGGCACUGGGGACACGGGGGACCCUGGAGGGACAAACUCACUCCUUGGCCCCAGGGGGCUGCCCAGACCCACGCAGGACUCUGAGUGCAAGAGGCCACUGAGCUCCAAGGACACCUCUGGGACCGAUGUCCUGGGCUGGCUGCAUGGCAUCUUGGCAGCUCCAAACCAUCCAAUAACGACACCUGCUGCCCUCGAGCAUUUCACCGUGAACUUCACCAUCACCAACCUCCGCUACACUUCCGACCUGGAGGAUCCUGACUCGGCCAAAUUCAGAGUUACACAAAGGCUUGACCGCCUGCUGAAGGGAACCAGCAUUGGCCCUGUUUUCCAAGGAUGUGAGACAACAGACUUCAGGGCUGACAGGACAGUUCUGCACUCAUCCAACCAGAGCUGUAACAACCCAAACUCUGCCCCUUUUCACUCCCCACCUGUGCUUCUUCCAGCUCCAACACAACCAACGACGACACCUCCUGCUCUUGAGCGUUUCACCGUCAACUUCACCAUCACCAACCUCCCCUACAAUUCCAACCUGGAGAAUCCUGACUCAGCCAAGUUCAGGGCUACACAAAGGGUUAUGAACACUAUGCUCGAGCGCCUGCUGAAGGGAAGCAGCAUUGCUCCUGUUUUCCAUGGAUGUGAAACUGCUGGCUUCAGGCCGGGCAGUCACAGGGACGAGACCCGGGUGGACGCCGUGUGCACCUACAGCAAGGAGCCCUGGGCCGCGCCUCUGGACAGGGUGGGGCUGUACCACGAAGUGAGCAACAAGACCAGAGGCAUCACCCAGCUGGGCCCCUACAGCCUGGACAAGGACAGCCUCUACGUCAACGGUCAUCAUGAAGUGCAGCCUGAACUAUCUGCUGAUCAAAGCACCCAACCUCUGGCACCAGCAGUAAAGAACUUCACUCUGAACUUCACCAUAACCAACCUCCAGUUCAAUGCAGAUCUGCAGAAUCCCAAUUCCAGGAGAUUCAAGUCAACAGAAAAAGUCAUGUACCACUAUGUUGAUCCUUUACUCCAAAGGAGCAGCAUUGGCCCAGCUUACAUUGGCUGCAAAGUAAUGGCAUUCAGGUCCACAAAGAACAGGGAUGACACAGGAGUAGAUGCCAUGUGCAGCUCUAGGGAUGAGCCUUCAGAUCCCAAAUUCAACAGAGCAACCGUUUAUCAUGAGCUGAGCAAAAUGACCAAUGGCAUCACCCAGCUGGGACACUACAGCCUCAACAGCCAGAGCCUCUACGUCAAUGGUUACAAUGAACCUCACAGUCCAUCCUCAGUAAAAUCAACCACCACAGUAAUCCCAGGAGCAAUCACAGAGCACUUCACCCUGAACUUCACCAUAACCAACCUCAUGUUCACCCCAGACCUGCAGACACCAAAUUCCCGUAAAUUCCGCUCUGCUGAGAAAAUAAUGAAACACUACAUUGACCCCCUGCUUCAGAAGAGCAGCAUUGGGCCCCAUUUCACCGGCUGCAAAGUGACGGGAUUCAGGCCUGGGAAGAACAGGGAUAGCACAGGAGUGGACACCAUCUGCAGUUACGGAAAGGGCUCCCAGGUGCCCAAGUUGAACCCAGCUGAGGUUUACCAAGAGCUGAGGAGAAUGACAAGUGGCAUCACCAAGUUGGGAAUCUACAACCUGGACAACAAGAGCCUCUAUGUCAAUGAUUACAAUGAACCCCUUGAGAGAUCCCCCCGGAGCACCACAGCUGCACCAAAAACAACAUCCAGGAAUUUCACACUGAACUUCACCUUGACCAACCUCCCCUACAAUGCAGAUCUGGAUGCCCCAAAUUCCCGCAGAUUCCUUUCCACAGUGAAAGUUAUGAACCACUAUCUUGACCCUCUUUUCAAGAGGAGCAGCAUAAGCUCUGCCUACACAGGAUGUAAAGCAAUGACAUUUAGGUCUGGAAGCAGGGAUGACACAAAAGUGGACGCUGUGUGCAGCUACAAUGCCAGCCUGGCCAGCUUUGACAGAGAAAAGCUUUACCAGGAGCUGAGCACCAUGACAAACAAUGUCACCAAACUGGGCCACUACAGCCUGGACAGGAGCAGCCUGUACGUCGAUGGUUUCACCCUUACAGACUCACCUGCCACCAAAAAGCCUGUCUUGACUGCAGGCAAACUGGGCUACAGACUGAACUUUAGAAUAGUCAAUGAAAACCUCACCAACCCUGACUCCCAGUCUCCAGAAUACAGAGCAGCAGUAGAAAGCAUCACCAACAAGAUGAAUCAGUUAUACCAUCAGAGCGACCUGCGGGACCAGUUCCUGACCUGCAGGAUCACCGGGCUGAGGCCUGGAUCCAUAGUGGUUGACUGCCAGUGCUUCUUCCAGCCUGACCCCAACAUCAACAGGGCCGUGGUUGAAAGGACUUUCCAGGACAGGACCUCCAACACCACUGGGCUGUGGCUGGGGAGCAGCUACCGACUGCAGGAAUUCUCCGUGGACACCUUGGAACUCUCAGUUGAGGCAGCAACUCACAAGCCACCCCUCGAGUCUGGCAAAGAAAACUUCGGAUUAAAUUUCCGAAUCUCCAACCUCCCCUACUCGCCUGAACUGCAGGACUCCAGCUCCCAGAUGUACCAAGAGAGCAAAGAGAAGAUUGAGAAAGAGCUCGAGGUAUUCAGGAGCAGCCACCUGAAGAACCAAUUUGUUGGCUGCACUGUGGAGAGCUUUGGGCCUGUCCAAGGCAAAGGACACACAGAGGUUGCCUCCAUCUGCAAGUUCACCCUGGAUCCCCUCUCAGGGACUUUACAAGAGCAAGAAGUGUUUGAGGAGCUGAAACUCCUGACCCAGGGCUUCACCAGGCUGGGCAACUACGAGCUGGAGGAGCAGAGUCUGGUGGUGGAAGGUUACUCUCCACUCAAGACGGAUGAACCAGAGUCCAAAAGAUCUGAGCUUCAGUUCUGGGCCAUCAUCCUCAUCUGCCUUUUCACCCUGCUGGGCUUCAUCCUCCUCCUCUUGCUGUGCUUCCUGGUCCUCUCGUGCCUGAGGAGAAAGUCCCACCUGUACCAGGUGCAGCAGGGCCUGUAUGGGCUGUACUUCCCCCACCUGAGCACAGGGAAGGUUCACUGA